CUCAGUCGCGCCUUUAUCGGCCUCAUCAAUUACAGUGGGCCUUCAUUUUGGUACAUUCUAGCUGGAAGUAAGGCAUAUGUGAAUCUCAAGUUUACUCUUUAUAUUGGAUAGCAACUGAGCUUUAAGAGAUGAAUUUCGAGCUGGUUAAUCCAGGGUCCAGGAAGAAAAUUCUUGAUCCAGAGGGAUCAUUUCUUCAGACAUGGAAUAAAAUAUUUCUAGUCUCUUGUGUGCUUGCAAUUUCCCUCGAUGCAUUUUUCUUUUAUGCCCCUGUUAUUAAUCGUCAUAGUACGUGCCUAGAUUUGGAUGACCGAUUGCAGAUUGUUGCUUGUGUUCUUCGUACACUCAUCGACGUCUUCUACAUCCUUCAUAUUAUCUUUCAGUUCCGCACUGGUUUUGUUGGCCCUUCUUCUCGAGUAUUUGGAGAUGGUGUAUUAAUUGAUGAUUCUUCAGUUAUAGCGAAAAGAUACUUGCCCUACUUCGUCAUCGACAUUCUAUCAAUUUUACCCCUCCCACAGGUAGCAGUUUUUAUUGUCAACCCACAAUUGAAAAGUCCAGUUUCAUUCAUUAGGAAGGACUUCUUGAAGUUUGUUAUUUUCUCCCAAUUAGUGCCAAGACUUGUGCGGAUCUAUCCACUAUAUAAAGAAGUAACUACAACUUCUGGCAUGCUUAUUGAAACGGCAUGGGCUGGUGCUGCUAUCAAUCUCUUCUUCUAUAUGCUAGCCAGUCAUGUGGUCGGAGCCUUUUGGUACUUGCUGUCUAUAGAGAGGCAAGAUCAGUGUUGGCGUAAUUGGUGUGGGGCACAUAAUGUGAGUUAUUCAUAUUUAUAUUGUGGAGGAGACCGAAUACACAAUGACCUUGCUGAGCAAUAUGCAUUACUAAAUGCUUCUUGCCCUCUUAGUGAACCAGAUGGAAUUGAAAAUUCCACAGUUUUUAACUUUGGAAUAUUCAUUAAGGCUCUUCAGUCUCGGGUUGUGGAAACAAGAGAUUUUCCAUAUAAGUUUUCUUAUUGCUUUUGGUGGGGUCUGCGAAAUAUUAGUUCUCUGGGUUCAAACCUUGAUACAAGCCCUUUCAUUGGAGAGGUUCUGUUUGCUGUCUUUAUUUCCAUAUUUGGAUUGAUAUUAUUUUCAUUACUUGUUGGCAAUAUGCAGAAAUAUCUGCAAAAUCUACAAUCCAUAGCUGCUAGAAUUGAAGAGGAAAGAGAGAAAAGGAAAAACACUGAGCUGUGGAUGUCCCACCGCAUACUUCCUGAGGGCCUGAGGAUUCGGAUUAGGCAGUAUAGACAGUACAAAUGGAAAAAAACCAAGGGUGUUGAUGAAAAUGGGAUUAUCAAUGACCUUCCGAAGGACCUCCGAAGAGACAUAAAGCGGCAUCUCCGUUUGGCUCUACUUAUGAGAAUGCCAGUGUUUGAAAGCUUUGAUGAGCUACUGUUGGAUGCAAUUUGUGAUCGCCUCAAGCCAGUUCUUUAUACAGAAGGUAGCUACAUUGUCCGUGAGGGGGAUCCAAUUGAUGAAAUGCUCUUUAUCGGGCGAGGCAAACUAACAAGCAUAAGCACAAAUGGUGGAAUUGGCUUCUUCAACUUAGGUUAUCUCAAGGCUGGUGAUUUCUGUGGAGAAGAGCUUCUUCCAUGGGCCUUGGCGUCCCAGUCCUCUUCAUUUCACCCCAUCUCAGCCAGAACCGUAAGUGCCAUAACAGAGGUUGAAGCCUCUGCUCUAACGGUUCAUGACUUGAAGUCUGUGAUCUCCUCCCACUUCUUGUAUCCUCUUCACAGAAAGAAGGUUCUGCAGAGUAUCAGGUUUUACUCACAGGGGUGGAGGACAUGGGCUGCCUGUUUUAUACAAGCAGCUUGGUGGCGUUACCAGAAGAGGAAGCAAAAUAAGGCCUUAAGGAGGCAGGAGGCAGAAGACAGGUUGCGAGAUGCUUUGUCGAAAGCAGUAGGAACCUCUACAACCUUGGGCGCCACUAAUUAUGCAUCGAGGUUUGCUGCCAAUAUGCUACGAAUCUUGAGGCACAAUGGUGGUAGCAGAGCCAGAUUGCCACAAAGAUCAUGGUUCCCGCUGUCUCCUAAGCCACGUGAUCCCCAGCUUACCAUCUGAAGCUUGUGAGUUGUAAUCUUAACUUUUUUACUUACCAAAGGAGAUGCUCAUAAUCAUGUAAUUUAGCAAAAGUAGUGCUAAUUGUGAUAGGUGGGUUUGCCGUAUGAGUUUAUUAGAAACCCCCCUGAAAAGUCUAUUCACAAAAGCCAUCAUUUCCCCCCUUUGAAUGCCCAUUUUGCAGCUGGAAUUACUGCCAUUUUGAACAGAACUGGAUUUGUGCUGUGUACUCAUAGGCAGUGCUUUUAACAGUAGUUUUGCUUUCUAA